AUGGGGAGUUUCAGAGGUCAUGCUAUCCCUGGAAGCUUUUUCCUUUUCUUUGGUUUUUGGUGGAGUGUGAAGUACAUACUAAAGUAUGUCUGCAAAAAGAACAAGAAGACCUGUUUCCUUGGAUCCAGAGCAGGAUUUCAACGUUUGGAAAUUAUCGAGGGCCUGAUCAAAAUCUCCAUGUCUUUAUUUGGCAUGACAGCAGAACAGUUUGUUCCUGAUGGGCCCCACCUGAACUUGUACAACUAUGAAGAGAAACAUUGGGAUCACCUCAUGGGUUGGCAGCAUGCAACCAUGUACUUCUUCUUUGGACUCUCUGGACUGAUUGACAUCUUGUGCUUCACCACCCAUACACUGCCAGUUUCCUUAAGCAAGAUGAUGCUCUCAAAUGCCUUUUUUGUGGAGGGUUUUAUCUUUUACUUCCACACCCAUGGCCGAGAGAUGUUGGACAUCUACAUUCAUCAGCUGCUUUUCCUAUCCAUCAUUGGUGCAGCAAUCUUCAUAUUCCUGGAAUUCUUCUUUCGGAGCAAUAUAGUUUUAGAGCUCCUCCGGUCAAGUUUUGUCUUGCUUCAAGGUAGCUGGUUUUGGCAGAUUGCCUUUGUGUUAUAUCCCCUCAAUGGAGGCCCUGAAUGGAAUCAAACAGAUCACGGCAACAUGUUGUUUCUGACCAUAUGUUUUUGCUGGCAUUAUGCAUUCACUUAUUUCAUCUUGGGUAUGAAUUAUGCUUUUAUCACCUGGUUAAUUAGAUCAAAACUUAAGAAGACAUUUCCUUCUGAUAUGAGAUUGCUGAAAAACACUGAACGAGACCAAGAAUCAGAAGAAGAAAUAUAAUUUUGCUAGGUGCCUCUAUUUUUCCAGUUAGACAUCUUACCCUUAGGUUGAUCUUCACUUGAUGUCUAUAAACAUAGUUUGUCUGUGUUUGUGCCAUUAUUCUUGUUCUUCCUUAUGUGACUAGCCUCCACGGUAAAGGUCAGCCUCCAAGGUAAAGGUCAGCCUCCAAGAAAGUUUAUCUUGUCCUUUUACACUGGCUCUGUAAGGGUCAGUCUCAGCAUACUGUAUUCUCUCACCUUGCUAAAGAAUUUCCAUGUGUUGUUUUUAG